AUGACAUCAUUUCCCAAGGGUUACAUGUCUACCGGCGGGUUUGACAAAAAGGGCGAGAAGGACAAUUCCGAGAAUCCGUUCAACCAAGGCUCUACGAGGCGCGGCAUCCCAGAUGCAGGCAGCGCCGCCUUGUCGAAUGAUCUCGACUUCCCACACAAGGAUUACCACGAUCACCACGAUAGUUCAGGGAACUACGACGACGACGACGACGAUGAGAACCUCUCCCAGGACCUGGAGGAUGCGCUCCCUGCCAAUCCGUCGUAAUUGGGAUGCUUGGUGACAGUGGAGGGAGCAACAGAGGUAGAAUGAGCAAUGAUAGGACUAUGUACAUAAAUGAAAGGU